AUAUGACAGAGUUUUUAUUUAAUGUUCUUAAUGGUUGAAGGCUUGCACUUUUUUCAUGUUUGUGAAUGUUUUUUUAAAAGUAGUGUCAAGUAUUUUUUAAUUUUAAGAAAAAGUUAACAAAUAAAAGAGAAAUUCGUCGUGCACUGUUACAUAAUAAUUUUAACAAGACAGCAAGAUGGAAUAUUAUUUAACAAUUUAAAGGAAAGCCCCUGGGGACAAGAAAAGUAUGGGCUUAUCAGAAAGUGAGACAGUCUUCAUCGCUUCGUUCACCUCUUUUAUAUCAAUAUGUUGGACUGAGCUCGGACACCAGAUUCAGAAGAGGUGCAGUUUACCGGAAGAAAUGGCCGAACACAUCGUAUCAUUGAUACACUCGCUCUUGAUUAUAGUGAUGACCGGAGAGUGCCUUAGGAAGGAAAGGCCGUAUUUUGACUACAAGCAGAAGACGAAUAUGUAUGAGGAGCUGUGUUUGUUUGUGAGCCUCGGGUAUUUUUUGUACGACACAUGCAAUUGGGAGUUCAGAGGCGAUGUGUCGAGGAUCAUCCUCUCACACCACAUUUGCACCCUGUUUGGAAUGCUUCAGGCCCUUUCGGACAAGACAUCGGGGGCUGCUUGCCUGAUGUGCCUCUUGAUAUUGGAAGGUGGGAACCCUCUGCUCCACAACCGUAGGUUGAUCAUGAUCGCCGGUCACAUCCGGUCCGGUCUGAUUUACCAAGUGAUCGAGUGUUCCUUUUUCAUUUUUUUCUUUUUAUUCCGAUUUGUUCUCGGCUUGAGAUUCUUCAACUUUCUGAUUGCCACAAAGGCCCCACACUACAUGAGGAUGACAGGAACAAUGAUGUUAAUGAUUUCCAUUGUGUUUUUUAAAAAAAUGCUGGAACAUUUAAUUUCAAAGGUAGUGUAUGUUUACUCCUAUUUGAAAAAGAUCCGUUUCAAAAAUAAACCAUCUUAAUGUAA